AGAUUUCUUUCCCAUCAUCAUUUACAUUUUUCUUCUUAAUCGAUACUUGGAAGUUAAUAUAAUCAUUUACUCUAUGUUACAAUCUUUAAAAUCUUUAUAUGUAAAUCUGUGCUCAUAUGCAUUGUCGGAGAAACUAAAAAACUUACUCAUUCUCAGAUUGCAUUGUGGAAUAUGCAUCCAUUAUUCAAAGAAAGGGCGACAUUCCAAGCACUCACACUUUCUCUCCUUGUUAGCUAAAUUGGCUGACAAGCUAAAGAAGUCAGUGGAGGAUGAAAUUCAUUUUCUUAAGGGAAGGGUUUUAGAACUUGAAAGUGAUCUUGUGUCGAAGUCCACAGAAGUUACAUCUGCAGUUUCAAGGAAAGAAGAAGCUCUAUCUUCUGCAUUUACUAAAAUUGACUGUCUGAAAGAAGAAAAUUUUAUAAAAACGUGAGCAUUAUUGAAUGCAUAUGGAGAGUGUUUACUGUGUUGGAGUGUAUUUGUUUCUUACACAUGAGGGCACGCCUUAGUUGUAAUUCUUAUAAUAGGUUGAGCAAAGUAAAGUAUUGUUUAUUUAAAAAUGUGAAUGUAGGAUGCAUUGUAUGAUUUGAUUGCUAUUUGUAAUAAAUGCAUCAUUUUUUUCUC